GGGGGGAGUGCCAGUGCCCUGGCCGAGCCACGCCAGGGGCCGUGUUACUAUCCCCAGGGCUUCUGCUGCUAUUAACUGCUGGACCUUCAAAAUACAAAGAUAAGUAUUUUGAAAUGCCUGGUAUUCAGCUGUGGAUUUUGGAGCAUGAUGAAAAAUGGGAAAUACAUCUGACUACUGCAGAGAGGGCUUGAAGAUGAUCCCUUAAAAGCACUAGGAUGCCUGGCUGCUUUAAAAAGACAUUAUUUGCUUUGGCUUCUCUAGUAAGUUUUGUGUCUUUUAUCUUGAUUGUUGUUGCAAUGGGGACUCCAAAGUGGAUGACUGGAAAGAUCCUUUGCAAAACAGGGGCUGAUUUGGUCAAUGCCACAGAUCCAGAGCUGAUCAAGUUCAUUGGAGAAAUUUACUAUGGACUCUUUCGGGGCGGCAAAAUACGCCAAUGUGGCUUGGGUGGGCGGCGUUCCAAAUUCACAAUUUUCCCACACAUGGUGAAAAAGUUGAAUACAGGUCUGCAUGUGAUGAUCAUAAUAUUCCUCUGUGUGGCCAUUUUCUUUUCUCUGGUCAGUUUUGGAUUCUGCAUUCUUAACGCAAUAAAAGUUCCUUACCGGGCUAUUAACGGUCCAGCAGGAGCAUGCCUUUGGAACUUCCUUGCAGGUGGAUUUGUAGUACUUGCAGUCACCAGCUUCAUGGCUGCUGUGAAACUUCAUCACCUCACAGAAAGAAUUGCCAAUUUUCAGGAAAAUGUCUUUCGGUUUGUUAUCUUAGAAGAACGCUUUGAAGACUGUUUUUGGAUUUGUGUGGCAAGUGCCACAUCACAUGCAGUGAAUUUGCUGCUAAUAGCCAUUAGUGGGAUUCAUUUCCCUAAAAUUAAGACUAAAACAGAAGAAGUGAAUGUUACAGCGGAAGAUAUCAUGUACUAACAAAUCUACACAAAACAAUUUUGGUCAAGUGAACUGUUGUGACAGGAACAGUUUCUUGGCUCUUCAACCUUUGUUUUGGAUAGAUGAUUUACUUAUAAACCUGAGUAAAGAUGUCAGUCUACAA